AUGACAGAAGAGUCUAUGUCUUCGAACAAACGCAUCCAGCUCCUGCGCGAGCGGCUUGAGUUGUACAACGCCACCAUCGCGGAGGCCAUGGGGGCUGUCGCGGGCGUUUCCAACGUGGAGAAGAGCGCCGCCCCCGCAGGAGCCGCCAAGCCAUCAGAAGCACCAGCAGCGGGAUCAGGAGGAGGAAAACGACGGCCUGGUGAGACGGCGGGGGGCGGCGGCAAAGAGUUCGCGCCGCGGCUAGAGCGUGAUCUCGCGGCAGACUUCAGCGCUGCGCGGAAGACGAGUGACGAGACGCGACGCUGCGAUAAGCGCACGGUGCCGCCGCCGCCAUCCCCACCGCAGGAGGCGAAGCGCACGGCCGUAACGUCCAGCAGCGUCGCGUCCUCCGCAGAAGACGAUGACGACUCGACGACGCUGUACUCCGACAGCGAAGAGGGGGGAUUUCUGAACCCGUUCCUCAACGAGCCGGUCUCAGUAGAGGAUAUUGCCCUGUCGGUGCGCGAGAUGCAGCGUGCAGAGGGGCUGUCCGCCGCCAAGACGGCUGUUUCUGCGGCGCCGCAGAGCCGAAGCAAGAACAAUAGUAGUCCCCUCGAGUCCAGCGGAAAAAGGUCUGCUGACGGCAACUCUGUGUCGUCGCGCACGCCGCCACCGCCACUGCCCGAGGAGGCGGAAAGUGAAGCGGGUGCGUUGCAGCAGAAGCAGCAGCAGCCACAACAGGCAGGCGAGACAGUAACGGCCCCGUCGUUUGCACAACUGGAGACGGCCUACCACAGACUCACAAUGGCGGAGCAGGCCGUCGUAAAGCUUCAGAGGGCAGUGGAUAUUGAGCGCUUCCCGCGCGCGCUGCCACAGCGGGAGCAGGCGCAGCGACUCGCCGGCUCGCGUGACGCGCUCACGAAGAAGGAGCAGGCGCUGCGGCGCCGCGAGCCGACAGGCAGGACGCUUACUGCUAUCUACGAGACCGAUGCGUUGAACGUAGAUCAACAGGUGCAGCAGCUCCUUGCGGACUGUGAUGCUGCGCAGUCCCUCUUUGCACGCGUGCACGACCGCCGCGCGGCUGUGGCAGAGAAGGAGCGAUUACUGAAGCGGCGACUCAGUGAACUCGAUGAUAGGCAGCGGGAGGUGCGCGAGAGGCGACAGGCACUCGCCGCGUUAGAGCGCCGCACCGAACAGCGCGAGGCGUCGCUGGUGUUGCGUGAGGAAAACUAUCGCAAUGACAUCGCCGCGCACAAGGAGCGGGAGCAGAGCCUGCAGGCGCGCAUCAGCGAAGUGGAGGCGCUCAACCGGAAAGUGACAUCGUGGAUGAAGAUCCUCGAGGACCGCGACACGGAGAUCGCGGCGAAGGAGCAGCGGCUGCGGCGCGUGCAGGCGGAUUUGGUGCGCCGCUCGGAGGAACUGCUGUGUUACCGCAACGCGCGCGCGAAGCAGCCGACGCGGAUGGCGCCAAGCCGGGCAAAGAGCCCAUAG